AAAAAUUAUAAAAUAUAUAAAUAUUAUUUUAUUAAAUUAUAUUGACCGUGGAUUAUAUACCUUGUAAAGGAAAUGUAAUCUGUUUAACAACCUUAAACAUAGACUUCUCUCGAAGUCGUGUCAAUCUGGCUUUUGGGACAGGUCAGCCGACUUCCUAUCUGUUUUCCGCAGCAUCCGGAAGUACAGUAACACGGCGUCAUCGUCGGCGUCAUCGUCGUCGUCAUCUCCUGCUGCUGAAUAUAUGGACGUCAAAGGAAAGUACGCACUGGUCAUGGACGGGACGAGGGGUGUGGGCUUUCUGUUCGCAGAAGAGCUGUUGAAAAUGAAUGCCGGAAAAGUUGUUAUCACCGGCUUGGAUGAACGAACUGGAGCUGAGGCGGUACGUGAUCUAAACGAACGCUACAGGCCAGCUAGGGCGUACUUCUGUCAAACAGACGUCACGAAUCCGUCACCCGAUAGUCAUAAAUCUGACUUUGAAGAUAUGUUCAAAUACAUAAAUAACAACUUUGGGGCGAUGCAAAUUUUUUUCAACAAUGCCGAAAUGCAUGGAAGCAAAGAUAUUAUCGGCACCCAUAUGAAAACUAAAAUUCGUGGAAUCAUACUGGCUUCCAAACAUAUGAAAAAUGGCGUCAUUGUGAACCACACGUCAGCCCUGGGGCUCGACCCGAAUUCGCAAAUGAUCGAUCACGGCGCUGCUUCUGCGGGUAUCUUCGCCGCUUGUAUGGCGUUUAGCAAAAACAAAUAUUUCGAAAAGACUAAAAUUAGAAUGAUGACUAUAUGCAGUGAGCUAUCACAGAUGUCCGUUGGAGGUGCAGAAGAGGAUAGACAUCAGUAUGUAAAAAUUAAACAAAUUAUAUUUUAUGUAAGGUCGAUUAAUAAGUACCUAGAUGAUAAUUAA